AUGAGCGAGCCAGUUAUCAACUUGCCCUUCGUCUACCGCGCGGUGCUCCUCUACUUCGAACCUGCAGGAGCCGCCGUUGGCGCCCUGUUGCUUCACUUUCGCCCCGCGAUCUUCCUCAACGGCAUGGCUCCGGUCGCCAAAUACGCACCGAAUAACCAGAUUAUCUACGACCAGCUUGCUGCAACAUAUAUCCUGUUUGCGUUCAAUGAAGCCAUUAUCUUGCGCACUACGAAUGACAUGCGGAUGUGGAGAGCCAUCCUGAUCGAUGACUGGUUUAACUACUUGCCUCCCGAUUCGGCUUGUGAACUUCGUUACGAUGGUAUGAAGCUCGGCGACAAUUUCUUGGUUGUAUCACCCGGUGCGAUCAUCCUCUACACUUCCGACCCAAGAGUGAUCAGCUAUAUAUGCACGAGGCCUGAGCAAUUUCCCAAGCCGCUCGCCCAAUAUGCCAUCCUCAACAUCUGUGGCCCAAACGUGAUCACUACUGAGGGUCCAGAAUGGCGCAUCCAUCGCAAGGUCCUGUCCCCAAGUUUCAACAAGAAAAAUAGCUCAAUGGUGUUCAAGGAGGCGGUGUAUCAGGCGAAGGAUAUUAACCCUCCCAAGAUGUCACGAUGA